AUGACGAGGCUCAUUCAAGGCGCCGGGCUCUUCGCCCUGGCCCGAGGCGCUCUUGCAGCGCCGUAUGUGUCUGAGGCCCAGACAACUGUCAGCACCGAGGCGACCUUCACAAACCCAGCCAUUCCCCACACCAACGUGACGUCCCAUGGCCCGUACGAAGGCACGCCGACGACGACGGGCGCCCUGUCGACCAAGGUGCUCGCGCCAUCGAUCGAGCCCCUGCCUCCCGGCCCCGAUGCUUACAAGUAUCCCGCCGACGGUAAGCUGCAUGGCGACCAGCCGGCACCGUACACCCCGUCCGGCGGCAUCGGCACCAACGGAUCGGCACCCGUCUACCGCGUCAACAGCGACUUCGACUACCAGUCCCUCUCAUUGGCGCUCUUCCAGGAGUGGAUUGAGCUCGACCUCUUCCACUGGGGUCUCGCCACCUUCUCCGAGGAGGAGUUCGAGGCCUAUAACCUCACGGCCGAGGACCGUUACCUGCUCCAGUUCAUGGCCGAGCAGGAAGUUGGCCACGCCACCGUCCUGACCAACAUGCUGGGUCCCAACGCGCCCAAGCAGUGCACCUACAACUACCCCGUCUCCAACCUGCGCGAGUACCUCGACUUCAGCCAGAAGCUGACGCGCUGGGGCGAGUCGGGCGUCUACGGCUUCCUGCCGCACCUCAACUCGGGUCCGGCCGCGCAGAUCCUGCUGCAGAGCAUCACUACCGAGGCGCGCCAGCAGCUCAUCUUCCGCCAGUUCAGCGGUCUGUUCCCCAUGCCCGUGUGGUUCGAGGUCGGCAUCCCGCAGUCUUGGGCCUGGACCCUGCUGGCGCCGUACAUCUCGAGUUGCCCGGCCGACACCCAGCGCCUCAUCUGGCAAAACUUCCCGUCACUGCACGUCCUUAACCAGCCGAAUCCGGCCCGCGUCGACGGCGCCAACGUCUGGAACGAGACGACGGGCGGCUACGCCAACACGCUAUCGACGGCUGACAUUGAACCCGAGGACGCCUGCAUCAACGCCACUGAGGUCGGCGAGUUCUGCGGUGCCGCCAUCUCCCGCAACCGCACCACACCGCUCUCCUACCCGGGCCGCCAGGUCUUUCUGCAGUGGGACGCUCCUGGUUCUCCCGUCGGUCCCAACAACAGCUACAUCACGGCGACCGAGGUGCAUGAGCCCAAGUUCGCCGCCUGGGUGUCGCAGCUCAACGUCACCUACUCGCCCCUGCUGAACGUCAGCCUCGAGGACCGCACGGCGUACACCAUUCAGCCCAACGUUUCGACCAUUGAGGGCGAUCCAGCCCUCAAUGGCACCCUGUUCCUCGCGCUGACGGACGAGCCGCUCUACGUGACGCCUUACAACCUGACGCAGAUCAACCCACACGUUGCCGCCCUGGCUCUGUACCAGGCUGGCUGA